UGCCUAUUCACAUUUAUAAUAAUCAUUUAAUUUGACACAACUGAACAAAUGUGUUGAAUAUUGUUGCGAUUUCGUAUGUCAACUAAGAAUAUCGUUCUAUGCAUUUGACAGACGCAUACGGUUGCACCAAUACAAUGACAACCAUUUUUAUCGUACAGUUUGUACACAAAUUGGCUUGCGUAUGAGCGUGCGACAUGCGAUGUGACGUGCGGCAAACAUCAACGUUACUGCUUUUGAGUGAAAUCACAUACAAUUCAGAAUAUCGGCCGGUUUUGAUAAGACAGAAACAAUUUAUUUUUCAAAUUCCGUCAAAAUGCUGGAAGUUUGUGUUGAUUCUUUCGAAUCGGUAAAAGCAGCCGUGGAAGGAGGUGCAAAUCGCAUUGAAUUAUGUUCAGCUUUGAGUGAAGGUGGUCUUACACCAUCAGUUGGUUUGUUAAAAAUCGUUAAAUCUCAUUUUCCAGAAACAAAAGUAUUUGCAAUGCUUCGUCCGCACGGUAAAAUAUCUUAUGACUACACUGACACCGAUAUGGAAAUCAUCAUCAAAGAUAUGAAUGCAUUGAUUGAGAAUAAAGUUGAUGGUUUUGUGUUUGGAGCAUUAACAGCUGAUAGACACAUUGAUAUAAAGAAAUGCGGACAAAUUUUUGAAUAUGCUUCCGGACUGCCAGUCACAUUUCAUCGUGCCUUUGAUAUGGCUGUUCCGGAAUUUAAAUACGAGCAUCUCUCUAUGAUUGCAGCGUGUGGAUUUGACCGUUUAUUGACGAGUGGUUUUGCUGAAACUGCUGAACUUGGCCUCGAUGAACUAAUUGACAUUAAAAAGUACAUCGAUGAGAAACAGUACAAUUUGAUAGUGAUGCCGGGCUGUGGCAUCACAAUAAGCAACGCUGAAAAGAUUCUCCAAACUACCGGAUGCAAAGAAUUUCACGCUUCUGCGAAGACAAAGAUAGUCGAGAACAUUCCAUCGCAUAGCACGGAUACAAGUGCAAUCAAGCGGGAAAUUCAGAAUAAUUCAUAUGCAGCUACAAAUUGUGAAAUAGUUCGCCAACUUGUUGCUAUUGGAAAAAAAUAUUUGUAAAAAAAUGUUUAUGUUUCUUAAAGUUUCUUUAUUGAUUCUCUAAUAAAUUCACACAUAUUUACAUUAAA